AUGGUAUUGACUACAGCAGAAAAAGCCCAAGUGGUUGCCUAUGACAACGCUGGCUGGACAAAGACGAAAAUUGCGAAUCAUUUAGGCGUUAGCAGAAUGACAGUACAUAAGACGAUUCAAAGGUUCGAAGAAAAUGGUUCUCACCAACGAAAGAAGGGUUCUGGACGUAAGUCAAAGCUAACCACCCGAGACGUUCGUAGCCUGGAACGUAUUGUGAAAGGAAAUCGCAGGGACACCAUGGAUGAUAUUAAGAAAAAAAUGGCGAUCAAUGUGUCCCAUCGCACCAUUCGACGUCAAUUGAAUGAACUAGGUAUACAUUCACGCGUGGGAAGAAAAAAACCUUUUGUGAAC